AUGGACCUGCUUACUCAAGCAACUCUCCAGGGUAGCGAAAAACAAACCAAGGGCAUUGCAAGCCCACCAGCACUGGUCGAAAGACCAUUUUACACUGAUCUCAAAGAAGAAUUUGAGGAGAAAUGGAAAUGUGCCCAGAAGCCAGCCAAGGAAAGGGCUACGUUCUAUGAUCAACUGACGCGACAACAUUUCCUCAGUCUAGACGAAGACAUUCGCAAGACAUAUGAAAAGUUGGCAGAAUUGGAAGGGAUUGCUAAUGUCGAGGCUUGGAAAGCUGCGCUUGCUGCUCCUACUUCCAAACUACCUGCUGAUUGUCAACGUGCCCUUGAUCAACUCCCAGAAUUUUCUGGCCCCAUACUCGCUGGCAUAUCCGACAUCACAGGAAUGCACUGUACUUUGUUCAUUGGUGGUCCUGAGCCUCGCAGGAAAGGCCAAUUAAGUGUUAUCAUGAUGCAUGAGGGUGUUGAUCUCAGUGAUCACCCCAAAAACUGGCAAAUGGCUGACAAGACCAGGUUCAAAAUCAUGACAAGUCUUUUUCAAGAGUUCUUGGCUACAUGCUACACUGAAGCGGAUAGGGAAGGAGCAAGUCUAGAUGAUGACAGCGACACAUCGACAGCCCCCAUUUUACCUGCCAUUGAAACUGAUUCCAAUGCCAUCGUGGAGCCUGAUGCCACUCCCAUAGCACAACCGUCAGCAGUGGAUGGUUCCUCGCAGACCAAGCAUCCAGCUGUUACAGCACACCCUGAUAUUCCUGCACCCAAUCCAAGUGCUGCUGCUGAUCCUAUCAUUGCUUCUCCGGCUGAUGAGCCUAUCAUUGUUUCUCUGGCUGACAAGCCUAUCAUUUCUUCUCUGGCUGAUGAGCCUAUCAUUGCUUCUCCGGCUGGCAUGCAUGAUAAGCCAGCUUCCGAUCUUGAGACCCAGGGAGUCAUUGCAGAGGAGUCUCUUAGGUCCGACAACAUAUGUGAUGAACGUGACAUACAGGAUGGUGCCCAUUUUUCCGAACAUAUGUCUUUACCACCUGUCUCCUCUCCUUUGCAGGUGUCGUCACCUGAGCUGAGGCCCCAUGAGGCUCGAUCGUUAGACAAUGAACCCCAUGGAUCUGCACUGGAACUCAAAGCAUCAAUUUCCCUCCCUUCCAAUUCCCCCUCCUGGGUCAAUACCGCCCUUGAGUAUCUCACAGCUGACACUUCCCUGCUCCCCCCUCUGUACGACAUGCUGGUCGUGAAAUUCAUUGAACUCGAGCAGACCAGUGACUUCGAGAGUCCAUCUGGACCUAUGUUUAAUCUCAGCAGCGAGAAUCGGCCCAAGGAAAUCCAUUGGUGGGUCUCACGUGGACGCAAGGGACGCCCUGUCAUCCCUGAUAUAGAGAAGUAUGUGACUCAAUGGUGGCAUUGGUGGGCUGCAGUCCAGCCUUCCUGGAGGAAUAUUGGCGCCCCAGACUUCUCAAAUCCCGACGAACUUGACCAUCAAGAUGGUGACUGGGAUGCUCUGUCUAAGCCCGGCAAGAACGGUGUAGAAACAACAAUACAACGAGGAACAAAAGAGGCUCCUAGCUGUAUCUAUAAAUGUUGUGAGGUCACGCGUUGCCUAGUCUGCUAUUCUUGA